UUGCUAGAUUUUUAUGUGUUUCAUCAUGUUACAUGUUUUUUUAUUUAAUGUGUUAUGUCGUACAAAUUUUUCAAUAAACCUUUUUCCAAUAAACCUUUUUUGAUUUUCUGCAUUUGUUCAAUUCUGCCAUGGAUGAUAUGAAUAAGCAUGAUUAUUAUUAUCAUCCACUUCCUGGUUCAGAUUCAAGAAUUGAUCAAUGUAGUAAUAAUAAUAAUAAUAAUGGAGAAAUUAAUGAAGGUGGUGCUACCUCUCAUAAACAAAACAAUGUUCAUCAUAUCAACAAAUAUGCUCUUGCUGGUGCUAUUUUAGCUUCAACAAAUUCAAUUCUCUUAGGCUAUGAUAUUGGUGUGAUGAGUGGUGCUGUAAUUUACAUAAGACAAGAUCUUAAGAUAUCAUCAGUUCAAGUUGAAAUUCUUGUUGGAUGUUUGAAUGUUUGUUCAUUGAUUGGUUCAUUAGCAUCAGGAAAAACAUCUGAUAUGAUUGGAAGAAGAUUUACAAUUAUGAUUGCAGCAUUAACAUUCUUAAUAGGUGCAAUAUUAAUGGGAUUAGCACCAUCAUUUACAUUCUUAAUGUUUGGUCGUGUAAUUGCUGGAAUUGGUGUUGGUUUUUCUUUAAUGAUUUCACCAGUUUAUGUUGCUGAACUUUCACCUGAUCUUACAAGAGGAUUUUUAACUUCAUUACCUGAAAUUUUCAUAACUUUUGGUAUUUUACUUGGUUAUGUAUCAAAUUAUGCUCUUUCAUCUCUUCCACUUGGUUUGAAUUGGAGAAUCAUGCUUGGUAUUUCUGCAUUUCCUGCAAUUCUUGUUGCUCUUGGUGUUUUGGCAAUGCCUGAAUCACCUAGAUGGCUUGUAAUGAAAGGUAAAUUUGAAGAAGCAAAACAAGUUUUGAUUGGAACAUCAGAGAAUAAGGGUGAAGCUGAAUAUAGACUUGCUGAAAUUUCAAAAGCUGCUUUAAAUUCAAUUGCUUUAUCUAGGAAUAGACAAGGGGUGUGGAAAGAAUUGCUAAUUACACCUUCACGUCCUGUUUUGAGAAUUCUUAUAGCUGCAAUUGGUGUUAAUUUUUUCAUGCAAGCUUCUGGAAAUGAUGCUGUUAUAUAUUAUAGUCCAGAAGUUUUUAGAGAAGCUGGAAUUCAAGGUGAGAAGCAACUUUUUGGUGUAACAAUUAUAAUGGGAAUAGCAAAAACAUGUUUUGUUUUCAUUUCAGCUUUGGUAUUAGACAAAUUUGGAAGAAGGCCCAUGUUGUUAUUGGGCUCAUUGGGAAUGGCAAUUUCAUUAUUUGGGCUUGGAAUGGGCUGCACAUUUCUUCAAAAUUCAGAUGAAAAGCCCAUUUGGGCUAUUUCAUUGUGUGUGGUUGCUGUUUGUGCUACUGUUUCAUUUUUCUCUAUGGGCCUUGGGCCUACAACAUGGGUUUAUUCAUCAGAAAUUUUUCCUAUGAGGUUAAGGGCACAAGGUACAAGUUUGGCAAUUUCUGUGAACCGUUUGAUUAGUGGUGUAGUGUCUAUGUCAUUUCUUAGUAUUUCAGAGGAAAUUACUUUUGGGGGCAUGUUUUUUGUGCUAGCUGGUGUUAUGGUUUUAGCUACACUUUUCUUUUAUUAUUUUUUGCCUGAAACUAAGGGUAAAAGUUUAGAGGAGAUUGAAGCUUUGUUUGAAGAUGAGUUACAUUGAAAUCAUGAAAUCUGCACCGUUCAAUCUUAAUUCAAUGGUCACUGAAGUGGUGACUAUCUCUGAGAGACUGUGGUUACGGCAGGUAAUUAGGAUUCAUAAAUCUCAUAGUGAACUCAAGAAUGGUAAAAUUAGUUUUUUUUAGGCAGAAAUAGUUUUAUAUUGUUGUUAAAGAAAUAGACAUGUAAAUGAAAUUUUUUUAUUUUUUAAGUUUUGUCAAAAAAUAGUUUGAUACAUUGUUUUUGCUGCUAAGGCAAGUAAUUGUUUUUUUAGGCUUGAUUAGUUUUAUACAUUGGACCAACUGCAUUGCUUGGAAUUUGGUGCUUCCCUAUUUCAAUACAUGAAUUUUUCUUGUG